CUAGUCGUUCGGCAACACUGUGUCGCCAACGUACGAAAAUGGCGGUGAAACUGAUAUACGGCUCCGCGGUCGUCGUGCUCUUGAUCGCCGUCGCCUUCGUGUAUUUCGAGCCCAUUCCUCGGGAACAGUACCCGGGCUUCGUGCGCAAGCUGCACCACGAGUUGCUGAAGACGGCGAAGUACGUUGGCAGUUUCUUCUGCCGCCGCUCCGAGGUGACCGCCAAGGGAGUGUUCACUCCGGAGGAGCUGGCCCGCUACGACGGCAGCGGCGACUCUCUCGGUCUUUACUUGGCCGUGCUGGGACGCGUUUACGACGUCUCCAAAGGCGCCGAGCACUACAGGCCGGGAGGCGGCUACUCGCAGUUCGCCGGUCGGGAUGCAUCGAGGGCCUACAUUACGGGCGAAUUCACCGAAGAAGGUCUGACGGACGAUCUCAACGGCAUAACCGAUGAAAACCUGCUGGCGUUCUCGCAGUGGGUAGAUUUCUACGAAAAGGACUACACCUUCGUAGGUAAGUUGGCCGGCCGUUACUACACUAACGAAGGCCAGCCAACUAGCGAGCUGCGGGGGGUCUGGGCGGCCAUAGAGAGGGCCAAGCAGAAGAGUUACCUGGCCCAAGAGCAGAGCAAGAAAUUCCCCCCCUGCAACUCUGAGUGGACUCCGGAGAAAGGCAGCAGCGUUUGGUGCAGCAAGAAGAGUGGCGGAGUUGAACGUGACUGGGCCGGAGUUCCGCGGCAGUACUUUGAGCGCGACUCGGGCUCCGUCCGGUGCGUCUGCGUCCGCAACACGGGACCCCCUAGUGACCAUCCGGAAGGCGCAUCGCACAAGAACCGCGGCGACUUGGAUGACCCUCACCUUAAGGAGUACCCAGGCUGCCCCCCCACGUCUGACACAUGCAAGGUGCCCGACACCCAGUGAAAAACGUUGAACAAAGCACUGCGUGUGGGACAUUUAAUUACUUUAUGCA